AUGAACAUCUUUCGGUUAGUAGCAGAUGCGUCGCAUCUUCUGGCCAUUGGGAUUCUUUUGGCCAAGAUCUGGAAGACGAGGUCUUGUGCAGGUAAGGUUGUUCUCCAUUUCAUUAGACGUUUAUAUUUUAGGUAUAUCCGGGAAAUCCCAAGUGCUGUUUGCGAUUGUCUUCAUUUGCCGAUAUUUGGAUUUGUUCACCAACUUUGUUUCGCUUUACAAUUCGGUCAUGAAGGUAAGUGAAAACCGUUUUUUUGGUAAUUUACUUUUUAGUUGUUCUUCUUGGCUUCAUCAAUUGGAACCGUUUACCUUAUCUAUUUCAAGUUUAGAGCAACUUACGACAGGUACGUUUUUCGAGACUUAAUUUAUUUUUUACUGCGUUCAGGAAUCACGAUACCUUCCGAAUUGAGUUCCUGCUUGUUCCGACAGCUAUUUUGGGUCUUCUCAUCAACCAUGAAUUUUCAAUUAUGGAAAUUCUGUGGACCUUCUCCAUUUACUUGGAAUCCGUUGCCAUCAUGCCUCAGUUAUACAUGUUACAGACUACCGGAUCCGCCGAAACUAUUACUGCUCACUAUCUCUUUGCUCUUGGAUCUUAUCGAGCCUUGUACAUCUUCAACUGGAUCUACCGUUAUUAUAACGAAACCUUCCUGGAUGUAAUUGCAGUCGUCGCUGGGAUCGUGCAGACCGUUUUAUAUGCCGACUUCUUCUAUCUUUAUGUCACAAAAGGUAACUUUAAUCUCAACUGCACUGAAUUACAUGCUCUUUUCAGUAAUCCAACAAAAUCGCAACAUCCAAUUGCCAGCCUAA